AUGUUGGAGAUGCUUGAAUUCAGCCAUUAUCAGGUGCAGUCCCACCUGGAGAACCCCAAUAAGUAUCAUAUGCAACAGGCUCAAAGGCAACAUGUGAGGCAGUACCUUUCUAAUAACCUUGGAGGAAAAGCAGGCAGCCGGUGUCCAAGCCAGACCUCAGAGCAUGGCAUGCCCCCCGGCCCAGCCAGCAGUGCCCCAAACAGCCCCAUGGCCCUCCUCACCCUGGGCUCUAACUGUGAGAAAGAGAUGGAUGACGUCAUUGAUGAUAUCAUUAGCUUGGAGUCAAGUUACAAUGAAGAUAUUCUUGGACUUAUGGAUCCAGGUCUCCAAAUUACAAACACGCUCCCAGUGUCUGGUAAUCUCCUUGACAUGUAUGGGAACCAAGGACUUCCACCUCCUGGCCUUGGUAUCAACAACUCCUGUCCGUCCAGUCUACCCAACAUUAAAAGGGAAUACACAGGUAAACCAUCUCCUGGCAUGAUGCAUGUACUGGACAAGCCUGGAUCCUGUGGCCAGUAUGAAAACUAUCAAAGGCCAGAGGGCUUUCCAGUAGAAGCUGAGGUUCGAGCCCUUGCCAAAGAGAGGCAGAAGAAAGACAACCACAACCUAAUUGAACGAAGGCGCCGGUUCAAUAUCAAUGACCGCAUCAAAGAACUGGGAACCUUAAUUCCUAAGUCAAACGAUCCGGACAUGCGCUGGAAUAAGGGCACCAUUCUGAAAGCCUCCGUGGACUACAUCAGGAAGCUGCAGAGGGAGCAGCAGAGAACUAAAGAGCUGGAGUGCAGACAGAGAAGGCUGGAGCACACUAACCGCCACCUGAUGCUGCGUAUACAGGAGCUGGAGAUGCAGGCCCGUGCGCAUGGCCUUGCAGUGGUUUCGUCCCCAUCAGUGUGCACCUCAGAGCUGAUGGCUCGAGCCAUUAAACAGGAGCCUAUACUUGGCGACUGUCCCUCAGAGCUCUACCAGCCCACCUCAGCUCCUGACAUGUCCCCUCCAACCACACUUGACCUCAACAACGGCACCAUUACCUUUGACCAGAUUCCAUCAGAUGCUGGGGACUCUGGACCCUAUGGUCCCUCUAAGACCUGUAAAGUGAAGGAGAUGGUAAGGGACAGUGCCCUUUCACCAAGUGCCCCCAGUGAUCCAGUCCUUUCAUCCAGAUCCCCAGAUGUCUCUGAAAGCAGCAGCCGCCACAGUUCCAGCUCCAGCAUGGAUGAGAAGGACCAUGGUUGUUAG